GUGAUGUAUGGUUUUUCAAUUAAAUGGAAGAGCAUUAACAAAUUAAUGUAAAACUGUUUUAAUUAUAACAAAGUUGGUUAUUGACACUUCUUGACAUACUUUAUCAGGAAACAAAUAUAUAGCAGACUAUACACUAUCUGAUAGAACAGUGAACAUCUUGUUAUAACCAUCAGUUAUAUAAACAUUAGUUGAGAAAAUGAAGCAACAGAUAAUUGAUUCCAAAACAAAUUCUGCAACUGGGGAAGCUGACGAGUGUCUUUUUGAGUAUUUACACGCCGAGCUGGUAAAUUAUGUUCUGGGCAAAUCAUCUAAUACUACAGAAGGUGAGGAAGAACUAUCUCGGUUAGAAUGGAUGGGAUUUAGUGUUGGGUAUCGGAUCAUUGAGCGAUUAACGAGAGAAUGGAGCAGAUUUAAGGAUGAACUAGACAUGAUUAAGUUUAUCUGCACAGAUUUCUGGUCCAGCCUGUAUCAUAAGCAAAUUGAUAAUCUCAGAACUAAUCAUCAUGGAGUAUAUGUGUUGCAAGAUAAUGCUUUUAGGUUAUUAGAUAAAAUUGGCACAACUAAUAGUAAACAAUAUCUUAAGGAGAGUCCUCGUUUAUUAGCUUUCACUUGCGGUCUUCUCAGAGGAAGUUUAGCGAAUCUUGGUAUUAUUAGUACUGUUACCGCAGAGAUUACUACAUUACCAAGUUGUAAAUUUCAUGUUCAAGUUCAAAGGAUUUAAUAUUUAUGUUGAAUUUUAAUAUAACUUAGUGUAUAGAUACAAAAAAUACAUAUAUUAAA